AUGGAAAUAGUAAUUGCUGUAGCUUACUGGGGAGGAAGAGGAAGCUUGGUGUGUUUGGGGAGCAAAAGCGUGAGCAUGGGCACUUGGGGAGUGGCGUUGUCAUGGGCUAAGAAGUGCGACUGCGAGAAAUGCGAGAGCGACGCACGUCAGCUCCGCGAGUCUAAUGAUGAACACGCCGGCAAACAUAGCACACACGAGGAGCACUAG